AUGGGCAAUGUCAGCAGUAGACCCGACGAUGGGUCGACUCUGUAUCUCAGAGACCAGAAUCGUCUGAGCAUCACCUCGAUUGUUGUUACGAACCCGCGGAAGCGCACUUCGAUUCACAUCACUCCCAAUGCCUUUCCGGCCACCAGAGACCCGGAGUCCUCCAACGGCGCUGGACCGCCCAACUUUCUACUCAAGCUGAGUGGCGAUGAUGAGCUUAUAUUUACCUUCGCAUUUGUUAUUCGCCAGACGGCACAGCCCGCGCCGUCGAACUCGCCAAACCCCGAUGGGCAGCUCGCGCCGAGCGAUACCAACAUAUCUGGCCUCACCUUUGUCUACGCUUCCACUUCAAAGGAAGUCGAGAAUCUAGUCACCCGAGAAUUCCACGCCAACCCCAACUUGCACAAAAACGACAAUGUGGCUCUUGUAGGAGACUACUCAACAAGUGGGACCGCUGCUGUGUCCUUCGAAUGGACGUGGAAAUGGAAAGCUCCUAGGAGCCAGGAAGAUAAAGGCGGUGGAUGGAGGAACUCUUGCAGCGUUUUUUGUCGAGUACGAUUCGCGUGCCCACCGAUUGCACACUCUUGCUGCCUUUUCGUAUUGGGUUUCAAGUAUGCUCGGCCGAUUAAUGGUUCAUACACAACACCAACUCAGCCCAACUCGCCCUCGGCACCCUUCCUUUUGGCGUCUCCGCCCAAGAUCCGAAUUGCUUCAGCUCAAUCGGUAGACUCCCGUCUCGCCGCAGACAUUGAGGAGCAGCCGCUCUCCCCCAUGCUCGCCCUCGGAGAGACCAACAUCCCCCCUAUUCCGCAGACUAAAGAAUCCACAAAAGUGGACGUACAAUGCGUUCCUAGGCCAGCCGAAGACGUCACCGUGGCUGACGAUGGUCCUGUUUUCCGCGCCACACUGAAAGCACUCGAGCAAAAGACCGGAAACAUGCGCGCGCAGAUGAAGAAGGUGUUAAAGAGAGCAGAGCAAGUCCAUGCAUCUCAGACCGAAGCCAACGAAGCAUUUGUCGCCUUUAUGGAUGCGUUGCGCGAAGCCUCGUCUACGAAUGCAAAUGCCGUCCAGCCUGCGUUAGAGCACUAUUUCGACAAGAUUGCUCGGGAAAUCCUGGCCUACGAGCGUCAAAAUACUGCGAAUCUUCAGAAAACGAUUAUCGAACCCAUCACCAAAUUAUAUCAGUUUGAUAUUAAGCAAGCGGAAAACAAAAAGCGAGAUUUUGAGGAAGAAAGCAAGGACUAUUAUGCUUAUGUUUCACGAUACCUUGGCCAGCGUCAAGAUUCGGUCAAAGCUAAGAAGCUUGCUGAAAGCGACUCCAAGUAUCAAAACAAACGGCGGAAUUUCGAGCUCAAGCGCUUCGAUUACUCGAGCUUCGUGCAAGAUCUCCAUGGCGGUCGCAAAGACCAAGAGGUGUUGUCACAUCUAACAAAGUUCGCUGACGCACAGACGGGUGCAUUUUUGGCAACUGCGCAAAAGAUUGAAAACCUUCGCCCUCAGCUUGUAGCUUUGGCAAACGAAGUCCAGGAGGCUGAUAAAGAAUACCAAUACCAGCGAAGAGAGCGUGAGGAAAAGCGACGCCAGCUGGAAAAGAGCAACAAGCCGUACACGGAGCCGGAACAAGCCAGCCUCGGCAGUGCCGCAACCAUAGUUGCCAACUCGAACAGUAGCACCGCUCAUACCUCAGACACGGAGCUUGGGAGAGCUGAAAGCACAGGCUCUCAACUUAAACCUUCAACCUCGAGUGGUGCCGUGCAAACAACGGCGACUAUUCCCGCACCUGUGGAUAUUGGGCCUGCCUCAAGCAUCGGCAGCCCCAGCCAAAGUUCAAAGUUCAAAGGCAUCCGUGAUCUCGAAGACCAGAGUAGCCUGCAAUCAAACUUAUCACAGAGGAAAGAAGGUCUUCUCUGGGCAUUGAACCGGCCAGGCGGGCAUGUUGACCCUCGCAAUCUAAACAAGCAGGGAUGGCACAAAUUUUGGAUCGUUCUGGAUCAGGGUAAACUGUCUGAAUACAGUAAUUGGAAGCAGAAGUUGGAUCUCCACAUGGACCCAAUUGAUCUCCGCAUGGCUUCGGUCCGUGAAGCUAGAAAUGCCGAGCGGCGAUUUUGUUUCGAGGUUAUCACGCCCAAUUUCAAGCGUGUGUAUCAAGCAACGUCCGAGGAAGAUAUGAACAGCUGGAUUUUGUCCAUCAACAAUGCUUUACAGAGUGCCGUGGAGGGCCGAGCUUACCGGGAGCGACAGGCAACAUCAAGGGGAUCUGACUCUUCUCUUAAGAGGGACAUUGGGUCCGUUCUCACUGGCAAGAUCCAAUCUGUCCAUGGCUCGCACCACUCCCAUCACUCCAACGCCAACAGUGGAGUUCCAUUCCGAAGAACAACAGUUGGCGCGCGGCCCAGUCCAGUGCGGAUGCCUAGCUCAAGUUACGAUGAGCACCCGGACAGACUGUUACAGAUGUUGCGAGACAACGACCAAGGAAAUUGCUACUGUGCCGACUGUGGCUCAGAUAUCAAGGUUGAGUGGGUGUCGAUCAAUUUGGGCAUUAUUCUUUGCAUCGAAUGCGGUGGCAUCCACCGUUCCUUAGGAACGCACGUCAGCAAGAUACGCUCCCUCACUCUGGAUAUCAAGUCAUUCACUCUCGAUAUUGUCGAAAUGCUCCUCCUCAUCGGUAACCGAGUGUCCAACAUGAUUUGGGAAGCCAAACUCGAUCAGUCUCAAAAAUUAACGGCGCUAGCAAACCGCGAGCGGCGUCUAAGAUAUAUCACAGCAAAAUAUGUGGAACGUGCCUUUGUCGAUCCGAUUUCGCCAACCCUUUCACGUUACGCUUCAGCAGACGAAACCUUGCUUGCUGCGAUUAAAAAGAACGAGAUCCAACAGGUGCUCUACGCUUUGGCGCUGGGGGCAAACCCAAAUGUCGUGGAUAAGAUGAGAGGGACACACGCUGUGUGGCUUGCGCUUGCGGCGGCCGACCCAGCUUCACCAUCCCCCAUUCCGGGGCAAAGCUCAACGGACUCUGACAAUAAGCCAGUGCCUUUCCCUGUCGCAGAGCUACUGAUUCAAAAUGGCGCGGAAAUCCCAUCGUCUCUCCCGGCAUUCCCUCUCGGAAGAUAUGCACAGCAGUAUUUUGAGCAGAAAAAGGGCAAAGGGUUCACCAUUGGCAACGAUACGGUGCCCUCGCUGCCCAGCAGCGGCAGCAGUUCAGCUGACAGGCUUCUGAAAGACAAGGAAGUUCGCCUUCAGAAGCGAGUGAGCGCAGGGGGGAGGCUGGCAAGGUCGCCCAUCCCGGAAAAAUAG